GCCAUGUCGUCACUGCGGACGUGUAGAUCAGAUCUCUGUAUAUGGGGAUAUUGCUGUGAUGAUGAAUGGUGCGGCUUAACUGUUGUACGUGACUACAUGUAACGUGUUUUUGGUAAAUUGUUGAUUUUGUGUUUAAUCGCUUCUGGAAGUGAGUCGAUUCGCUUUGGAGAUUUUUUUGCGCCUCUAUUUGAAUGUUGCUACGAGGCUCGGGCUCUGAUCAGUGUUGCUAACUAGCGUCCAGGACAAGUGGAUUUAUCUUCCGCUGUAUGAUGCCUCAGGACAACAUGAGCUCCUUGAUUCAGAGACUUGCCCGACAGGCGCUGGCGACCUUCCGCAACCCGGUGAGUGAGGAAAGCAAGACGUUUGUGGAAAAUCAGAGCAAACUGAGGAACCUGCUGGCGGAGGUCAGGGCGGUGGAUCUUAAGAUCGUCCCCCGGUGUGUGGAGAGCAGCUGUCCGCCACCAACACCAUCGCAGCUCCUCGGUCCGCCUGUUACCUACAUGCACAUCUGCGAGACGGACUCGUUCAGCAUGGGGGUGUUUCUGUUAAAGCACGGCUCCUGCAUCCCGCUUCACGACCACCCGAACAUGUACGGCAUGCUCAAAGUGCUCUACGGCAAGGUCAGGGUUAGUUGUUAUGACAGAUUGGACUUCUCGGCCGACAGCGCCAGCGGGAGGCAGUACAACCCGCCGCUUCUCCCGUUCCAGAACAGCGCCAUGCGGCCGUCCGUGCAGCGCUCCCUCGGCGAGUACACAGAGGAGAGUCCCCCGUGUGUAUUAUCCCCCCACAGGGACAAUCUGCACCAGAUCGAGGCCGUCGACGGACCCACCGCCUUCCUUGAUAUUUUGGCACCACCGUACGACCCAGACGACGGCAGAGACUGCCACUAUUAUAAAGUUUUGCAGCAGGUCCCCGAGGGUGCAGACAGAAAAGCGGGGGACCAGGAGCAGAGCGAGCUAUGGCUCAUGGAAAUCCCUCAACCCAGUGAGUUCUGGUGUGGUGCUGAGCAAUACCCUGGCCCAAAGGUCACUCUGUGAAGGAAUCACCAUUGAAAAUGAAGGAAAAACUUGGCAGGUCUUUAAAAGCCUGACUUCUGUUUGUCAUGGCACUGUAUUGUCCCGAAAAACAAGCUGGACUGUGAACUGCGAACAAUCACAUUUUCUGACCUCUCAUGGCCCUGUUGCUGUGUCUCACUAUUACACUUGUGAUCUGGCAUGCCUGGCUAAGGCUGCCUUUUGUUUGUCUGAAUGAUAACGUGUAUAAAUGUUAGCUAUUUCAAAGCAAAUUUCCUUCAUUAUAGUCUUUUAUUUUAAUAUAUACAUGUUCAACAAAUAAUAGGACUAGGCCUGUUUUUUUUGCAAUUCUUGUAUAUGGAGUUUGUGGUCAAACAGGCAUUACAAUAUAAUCUGUAUUAAAUUAACAAACAUUUCUAUAUAGUUCCACACCAAUGGCUUGUUUUGUCUGGUUUUAAUUAACUGGACCCUGAUUUCCUGUUUGGUAAUGUACAUUUCAGCAUGUCAUACACACUGGCCUGAUGUUUUGUCCAUGCAAAGCUACUGAAGUUACAGGAGUAAUUAGAUAGCUAGUAUGUUAAGAUCCCAGAUUAGCAGAUAAACUUUCAUUUCAGUUUCAUUCUGAACUUUGUGCCCAAAUCAAAUGAGACUCUGCUGCAGUGAUUCUCAUCUGUUGGGUCACAGCUUAAAAGUUGAAUGCAAACAGACAUAAAGUGGGUCAUUUAGGAUGUUCUCAAUCCAAAGCUCAUAUACAAAACUUUUGACCAUGCUUUUUUAUUUCGAAAGGCAUCUUGUAUUUCCCACUUACAAACAUAAUAGACUGCUUACAACUUGUUCAUCUGUUUUUGGUAACCUGACAGUAAACAGUGACACAAACACUUACAGCCAGAUUUAUUUGUACACACACACACACACACACACACACACACACACACAGAGAGAGCACAACAUCCUGGUACUUGUUUCAACUUUUGGGUAAUGACCUAAAGGUAAAGGACAACUGUGUGAAGCAAGUGGAUUUCAGAACCACUGCUAAAGAAUACCUGACAUAACGCAAUGAGUUUUUUUAGGCACUUACACAGUUAAUUGCAUGACUGAAGCUUGAACUGUUUUGUAAAUGAUUCAUUGUAGUGUUGUGUUGAGGAAUCAACAAUUUGGGGCAAUUUUAAACAAUAAAUAUCUCGUUUCAUUAAA